AGAGAAAAAUCAAUCGUUGAUUGUCACUCGAUCAUCUAUGACACCUCACCAUCUGAUGUACGUAGAAACCUUUCAGGAUAUCAGCGUCCGACAUUUCAUUGAGCCAUAGCUGGAUAGAGAUGGUAAUAUCUAGGGCGAGCAGGGAUAGUGACACUAGGUGGGGUUCACAGCUUCCACAAGUGUGCAACCGCCACACAAGAUGCACACGACAAGUUCAAGGAGUGCUAGUAAUGUACGGAGUAUAGAGUACUCCAUAGUUUUUGUCGGAGGCACGGAAUUGCUUCAGUGACACGGAGCGCUAUAGCCACCAUAACCACCUGCUGGGAUCGGAGGCAUAGCCAUGAUUCUAAAAAUGGUGCACAGCCGCCAUUCUCGGAAAAAGGAGACCAGAUACAUUGGACCGGUAAGUCACCCCACACUCACACUGGUAGUGGCCCACAUGCUCGGUGGAACAGUGUUAGGAUCGCUGAUAAAAGCAGGAAACGAGCAGGAGGCUCCACAAUCCUACUUCUGCACCGGCAACUCUGCUGUCAAACCUCAGUAGGGCUGUACCAAACGCUCCAGAGUUCCCUGCUUCCCUUGGCACCGGGAUAUGUAUGAUCGGCGGAUGGUCCGAUGCCCAUGGGUAUAUUGCCGGGGAUAGAGUCUGGGUGGACAAGACAGAGCAACACAGAUCUUCCUUUUUGACACAAUGAUUGCGUCCCAUAUACAACACUGGCAUCCAAGGAUACCCAUGGGAAGUGUAAAGAAUGUCAGCGGGAAGAUUCCAAUCGCCAUGUAUAGAUAAAGUCGUGUGACUUAAAUACUGAUAUCCACGAGGAGAGGCUACCGCCGCCUUUAAGGAAAUGGAAUUAUUUACCAUCGAGGGACGCGAGAGAUGGAUCGUAUCAAUUGGAAAUCGAGCACGGCCAAGCUAAGCAGCUAUGAGACGGAGUCAGCCCUAACUUUUAAGCUAAGACUUGCGCCUGAUAAACGCUGUGGGCGCGAUCUUUCUCCUCGGAAACGCAGAGCGAUCCACCGCCCAUUUUCCUCGCUCCCCUGCACGUACUGCAUACGGAGAACACGAUUAUCUCUUCGACCCGAAAGCAGGUAUAGUUCAUUGGACGAGAGCGGACUUGGUCGCAUGGCAGACAAGGGUAGCAAUGGUUGGUACCAAAGCCACGGCGUCAUCCUGGAAGAUCACAGUGAUCUUUGAGUUUUGAACCAAGACGAAGAAUGUGAACCGUAAUGGCAAGGGAUGCAGAACUUCGAGUGCUUGAGCGCAGACGGUCGGUGUGAGACCAGUUUCAAACCCUGGUAUAUUUCGGUUUCUGUCAUUCGAGCCUUGGCCGGCUGGUCGUGGUGAUCGAGGUCUCGGACAAAGUUCGGUAUAUUUGUCAAUCUUUGGAGUUUGUCUAUUAACAUACCAUGCGAAAAUUCUGGGGAAGA